AUGAAGGAGCUGUUUGGGAGCCCAGGAAGGAAAAGUGGGCUGAUUUUGAGAAUUGGGCAGUGUUUGUUUGCAGGUGCUUCAAUUGCAGUUAUGGCCUCUGCUUCCGGCUUCUCCACCACCACUGCUUUCUGCUACUUAAUUGCAUCAAUGGGGCUUCAAGUUCUGUGGAGUUUUGGACUUGUGUGCCUUGACAUACAUGCUUUGAGGUUCAACAAGGACCUUCAUACCAACAUCAUUGUGAGCCUGUUCGUCGUUGGCGAUUGGGUGACUGCUACUCUAUCUCUUGCAGCUGCAUGCUCGUCUGCUGGUGUUAUGGGUCUUGCCAUCUGGGGUUUUCACACCGAUGAGAUGAUCGUGAACUCCGGCGACCCGAACAACACCCUGGACUCGAGCUCGAGGUCGAUAAACGAGACGGUGAAUGGCUCGCACCACUUCACCAUCCGUGGCUACUCUCUGGCCAAGGGCAUGGGCCCCGGGAGGUACAUCUCGUCGGAUACUUUCAACAUAGGGGGAUAUGAUUGGGCGAUUUACUUUUAUCCCGAUGGGAAGAACCCCGAGGACUCCUCAAUGCAUGUCUCGAUAUUUAUCGCCUUGGCUAGCGAGGGCACUGAUGUGAGGGCGCUGUUUGAGCUCACUCUUCUGGAUCAAAGUGGGAAGGGGAAGCAUAAGGUUCAUAGUCACUUUGAUCGAGCGCUGGAGAGCGGGCCUUACACGCUGAAGUACAAAGGGAGCAUGUGGGGUUAUAAGCGGUUUUUCAGGAGAACUUCCUUGGAAACUUCAGAUUUUUUAAAAGAUGAUUGUCUUUCUGUGCAUUGUACUGUGGGAGUUGUUCGAAAUCGUGUUGAGGGACCAAAGUUGCUCAGUGUUUCUGUUCCUCCAUCAGAUAUGGGUCAAAGUCUUAAGCAUCUGCUUGAAUCUGAAAUUGGCUGCGAUGUAAUUUUCCGACUUGGGGAAGAAUCAUUUAAAGCUCACAAGUUAAUUCUUGCAGCCAGAUCUCCUGUGUUUAAAGCUCAAUUUUUCGGACUCGUUGGAAAUCCAGAUAGCAAUGAGGUGGAACUUGAAGAUGUUGAGCCUUCUAUAUUCAAGGCACUGCUCCAGUUUAUUUACUCUGACGAGUUCCCCAACUUUCAUGAAAUAACUAGUUCAGCUUCUGCACCUUCUGCAAUCUUGAUGCAACAUCUGUUGGCUGCGGCUGACCGCUUUGGUUUAGAUAGGUUGAAACAAUUAUGUGAAGUGAAACUAUGUGAAGAGGUCUGUGCUGAUACAGUGGCAACCACUCUUUCCCUGGCAGAGCAGCAUCACUGCAUGCAGCUUAAGUCUAUUUGUUUAAAAUUUGCGGCAACAAACUUGGGAGUGGUGAUGCGAUCAGACGGUUUCAGACACUUGGAACAGAGCUGCCCCUCUCUCUUGUCCGAGUUGCUGGAAACUGUUGCCUCUGUGGAUGAGAAGUCGAAUCUUUUAUAUGGUAAGAAGAGGAGUGGGAGCAGUAUCUUUGGGCUGGAUCUGGCCGUGGAUGGUGGGGCCCAGUCUGUGGAUAACAAUGGCCGGAGGCUGCGGAGGCGGGCUUAG